AUCGAGAUACAGUAUUAUAAAAUUUCUCCCGUCCUUGGCUCUCCGCUACCGCCGCCGAGCGACGGCGCUCAUGUCCGAUCGAUUUACGAACAUCAUCUCUCUCCUCCAACAGCCCGGUACCGUCCACCUCCACCGCCACCUCGCUCAGAUUCACUCCCUUUUCAUCCGGUCCCAGCCCGACCUCCUCCCUCUCUUCCUCGAUCAUGUCCUCCUCACUCUCUCCCCUUCCCCCGCCGCCGCUAUGCACGCGCUCGAGCUGUUCGAAUCCAUUCCCCAGCCGGAACCCGACCUCUGCGGCAGGAUCGUCUCUGCCUUUUCCAAGCUUUCUCUCCAUCGAGAGGUCCUCGCUGCCUUCUUCUCCGCUCACCGCAAAGGGACUCCGUUACCGUUUCCAUCCAUCUCUCUCGCUCUCAAAGCCUGCGCUUCGAUCCCAGAUUCUGAACAAGGCAGGCAAGUCCACGGCCACCUCUUGCUUCGUGGGCUCGGAUCUAACGUCUUCAUUCAGGCCGCAUUGAUUGAUUUCUACUGCAAGGCCGGUGAUUUAAGUUCCGCGCAGAGAGCCUUCGAUGAUAUCGCCGUCAAGGACGCGGUUCCAGUAAACUGCUUGAUCUCCGGCUACUCCAAAGCUGGAAAUGUCCUCAAAGCCCGCCGGCUGUUUGAUGAAAUGACUAGGAGAACGUCCGCUUCUUGGAACUCCAUGAUCUCUUGCUAUUCCCGCAGUGGAGACUUCCCUGAAGCUCUGAGGUUGUUCGAGCGGAUGCAGCAGGAGAAUGCCCGGCCUAACGGGAUCACUGUGGUGACACUUUUAUCCAUAUGUGCGAAGCUAGGCGACUUGAAGACAGGGGAGAAGGUAAAGUGCUUGAUCACUGACAUUGGCUUGCAGAAAGAUAUGAUUUUGCAAACCGCAUUGCUAGAAAUGUACGUUAAGUGUGGGGAUGUGGACAAGGCACGCCAAGUGUUUGAUGAAAUGGAGCACAGAGAUGUUGUUGCGUGGAGUGCCAUGAUCAGUGGCUAUGCUCAGAACGGGAAGUCGGAAGAGGCGCUUGAGCUUUUCGAGAGGAUGAAAGCGAAGAAUUGCAAGCCGAACGAGGUCACUCUCGUCGGCAUCUUGUCUGCCAGCGCGCAACUCGGCAGUGCAGAAGUCGGAGAACACAUAGGAAGUUACAUUGAGGGACAAGGUCUGGCAACAGGGGUUUAUGUUUGCUCAGCUCUGGUCGACAUGUACUCAAAGUGUGGGAACAUCGAAGGAGCUCGUAGGGUGUUUGAUAAAAUGAAAGAAAGGGAUGUUGUCACGUGGAAUUCGAUGAUCGCCGGACUCGCAUUGAAUGGGCUGGCCGAAGAUUCAUUCAGUCUCUAUCGGAGGAUGAAGGUGGAGAACUUCAAGCCAAAUGACAUAACCUUUGUUGGCUUACUAACGGCGUGCACUCAUACAGGCCGAGUCGAGCAAGGACUUGCAACAUUUCACAGCAUGAAGCUCAAACAUGGCAUCGCGCCAAAGGUUGAGCACUGUGCUUGCAUAGUCGAUCUUUUCUGUAGGUCAGGGCUCUUGGAAGAUGCUUACGAGUUCAUUUGCGAGAUGGAAGUAGAGCCUAAUGUGGUUAUUUGGGGCACCUUAUUGAGUUCGUGCAGAAUUCAUUCAAAUGUUGAGCUCGCUGAGAUCUGCAUGAAGAAGCUACUGGUUUUGGAGCCGGAGAACUCAUCUAACUAUGUGCUUCUAUCGAAUAUCUACGCCGACGCACGCAGAUGGGACAGCGUAAGAGAGAUUAGGAAUUUGAUGAAGAGAAAGAAUGUGCAGAAGCUAUCUGCAUAUAGCUGGAUAGAAUUGGAUGGUGAAGUACAUAAAUUUCUGGUGGAAGACUUGUAUCAUCCAAGUUGCGAUGAGAUAUACCGUGUCCUCGACAGCUUAAGCUUCCAAUUAACACGGGAGAACUGCUUCAAUGCUGAAGUUGAGGAGCUGUGUCGAGUUUAUUAAACUUGAAGUGGUUUUAUGAAAAAUUGUUUGAACGAUGCUGAUUUGGUUCUUUCUAGCUAUAAAAUUGGGCCGUGUUUCCGAUGAAGCCCAAUGAG